AUGCAUUGGUCUAUUGUACAAACGUACAUCUCUCUCUCUCUCUCUCUCUCUCUCUCUCUCUCUCUCUCUCCCUAUACGAAAUACGCCAACAAUUCAUAUCUAUCUAUCUAUCUAUCUAUCUAUCACAAACAAUUCCUAUCUAUCUAUCUAUCUAUCUAUCUCUCUCUCUCUCUCUAUAUAUAUAUAUACAUAUAUAUAUCAGACUAUUCAUAUCUAUCUAUCUCAGACUAUUCAUAUCUAUCUAUCUACCUAUCUCAGACAAUUCAUAUCUAUCUAUCUAUCUAUCUAUCUAUCUAUCUAUCUAUCUAUCUAUCUCAGACAAUUCCUAUCUAUCUAUCUAUCUAUUCAUAUCUAUCUUCAUCUAUCUAUAUAUAUAUAUAUAUAUAUAUAUACAUAUAUCAGACUCUUCAUAUCUAUCUCAGUCUAUUAUAUAUCUAUCUAUCUAUCUAUCUAUUGAAAUGA